UUUCCUUCAGCGUUCGAGUUUAAUGAACUGUUCUUGAUUACAAUUUUGGAUCACCUUUAUAGCUGUCUCUUUGGGACCUUUCUGUGCAACUGUGAACAACAGCGAUUAAAAGAAGAUAUAUGUACAAAGACUAUAUCUUUAUGGUCUUAUAUUAAUAGCCAACUAGAUGAAUUUUUGAAUCCCUUCUUUGUGAAUUAUGAAAACCAUGUGUUAUAUCCUGUUGCUAGUCUGAGUCAUUUGGAAUUAUGGGUAAACUAUUAUGUACGAUGGAAUCCACGGAUGAGACCACAGAUGCCAAUUCACCAGAAUCUCAAAGAGCUACUGGCUGUCAGGGCUGAGCUGCAGAAGCGAGUGGAGGAGCUGCAGCGGGAAGUGGCUGCACGUGCUGUCUCAUCCUCCUCUGAGCGGGGAUCCUCACCUUCCCACUCGGCCACUCCCGUCCACACCUCGGUAUGACGGGCAGGGCCAGUAUCUCAGGCCAUCCUGCCGCUCCACCAUCUGCCCAGUGGCUCAGGGACCUGGCCAUUGCUGUUAUGGCUAUAGCUUGUGAUCUUAUCUCUUAGGGUUAGACCCAGGGACCAUUUGUGUGGCUAGGUGACAGCUCCCACUGUCAGCAAGUGCUUUUUGUUUUGUGAACAGCCCGUUACCCUCCUGUCAGCAGUUUCACAGGGGAGCUGCCUCCUCGUGUCCAGGCAGCUUGGGAGAAAGUAGAGUGAAUGCAAUGCAGUACUUAAGCUUAAGAGCAUCUCACGUCAUUUCCUUCCAAGUUAGUCCUUCAUUAGAAACAGACCAUUCACUUAAAGACCACAUUGCCAGCCAGUGGCUUCUCUCGACUCUUUGCCACAAUUUGAGAGCUGUUUUUAAAUGAAAUGUUUGGGGAACAGACCAUUUCCAUCUAGUCUACAACUACCUUUAUGCAAGGGUCCUCCUGUACCAAUUACUGUUGUGUACAUAGAAGGUAUUUUUUAAAAAGAGAAACAUACCUUUAUUUUCCUAUGUCUUUUUUUAUGUUUAGAAUAAUUGGCCUGAGGAGGCAUUUUACUCAACUGUACUGUGUGAGAAAUUCUUUCCCAGCAAACUUCAUGCUAGCUUUUGUGUGGUGAUUUGAACAGGGUUUUGGAUAUGCCAUUUCAAUGGCAAUGUGUUACUGUCUCUCAAACUAACUCUGGUACUUGCUCCUGAGGUGACCCAGUCCAUUGACAGGAAUAGUAGUGAGUUCCCCGCAGCAUGGCACAAAUUUGGCAUGCUCAGUCCCCUGUCUCCGCUGCAGGUAAACUGAGGACUUAGGCUUCUCUGUACAGGUGCUGGCCUCCAUCUGACACAGCUCCUUCAAGGAGCAAUGUCUGUUAAGUACUCUGGGGCCAUGUGACCGGGCACCCUCCCUCCUGUGAUGCCAGGUAUUUGUAUCACAGCAAGUCUGCUUCUACCUGUGAUGUGCCUGGGUGGACAGGCACUCAUUUUAUCAUGGUCCCUUCACCUCAGUUUAUUCACAUGAUCUGUCCAUAUGUUAAAGCAGCCACUGUAUUGUGGCUUCGAUUUGGAAAAGCAUAGCACUCCCUUGCCUUGGUUUUCUCUUCUGAGUCACUCUUAGCUGGUCAGGCCUCUCUUUGCAGUUUUGCUCCUUCACUUAGUGACUUUGAGCUCUGUGACUCCAUCAAUCCUUUCAGGAAAGAAUUUACCAUCACCUCUUAGCUCCUUGGUGUGAGAUGCCGGCACCUGCCCUGUGCCUGUGUCUACAUUGCCAGGCCUCACCUGAGGUGGGAGGCAAACUUUCCCUCAGAAUCAGAGAUGGCCCAGAUGCUCCCAGGACCAGCCCCAACACAGCUGCUUUGUGUUCUCCUCUGGUCUGGGUCAAAUCACUGGAUGCAAUGCAGUGUCCAACAUACUGACCUUAUUUUUGAAAAUAUAUUCUUAAAAAGGUUUUUUAUAAUCAAAUACAUAGAGAAUAGCUGUUUUACAACUUGGAACCUUCUGAUUCUUACAGAAAAUUGUCCUUCCAUAAGAUUCUAAACAUUUAUUCAAUAUUUAUUUGAUAACCUAAAAUCAACUCUCCAUUUAUAUCAUCUGGGGGAUUUGUUUCUCAAUCAUAGUUUAAUUGAUAACAGCUUUUGAUUUAUGCUCCAAACAUAUCCAAAUGCUCAUUUAUGAAUGGAUAAACUGCUGGGCAUGGUGGCACAUGCCUGUAAUCUAGGCACUGGGGAGGCAGAGGCAGGAGGAUCCUGGUCUACAUAGCAGGAUCCUCUCUCAAAAACAACAAAAAAUACAAAAACAAAAUGGAUAAAGUAGUAUUCAUUGACACACUGAUUUUUUUAAAUGGGGACAAUUUCCCAUUUUUCCCCAGAAAUAUCACUUAAUCCCCCAGCUGCACUAGGACUGUUAAAUGUAGUGUGGAUGGAAUGAUACUUUUGACAGAACCAGAGAAACCAUGAAGGCUGCUCCAUGGUGGAGUCAGCUGGUCUGGCACUGGUGGGGUGGGGAGCUGGUACCCGGCCAGGCCAUGUCUCCUCGUUUGAGUGGGGCAGAGGCCUGUCAACAGGAUCCCUAGAAACUCUUAUUCAAUUUUAAAGCACAACAGAGCACUUCCCUUUGUAUGUUCCUAGUACAGAACUGUUUGUAAAACAACUUAAGUAUACUUUUGUUAUCUAAGCAAUCCUUUUUGUUGUUUUAUUUAAGUGUACUAGAAUGUAACACUUUUAUGGUUCAAGUUUUUAAAAACUGAUACAAUAUUGUGUUUGC